AUGCGAGCCCGUAAACGUGGAGUAAAUGAGGUGAACAAGUCCUCCACAAAAAAUGGAAGCAGCAGCUGCGCGACCACGAAAACUGAUUCGGUCAGCAUGCGUACGGAUCAUUCGUCAGUUCAUCGCGCACCCGUCGCGUCUCGCCCGGCCCAUUCGAAUGUGAUCAGUGUCAUGAGUGUAUCGGUCGGCAUCGAGCCGAAAGUCGAUCCACCACGUGAUGGUGCGGCAUCUCGACUGGACUCAACAAAUGGACGUUCCGUGUCAUCCGAAGUGAAGGUCACACGAAACACGGAGGAUAGCCCAACUAAUACCCGUUCGGAACCGGUGAUACCGGUCACGGAGAAUGCGGGUCGCAGACGUGUGAAAGCAUCCCUACAUNUCAAUGGAGGACUGUUUCGAACAGAGUGGGGCUAG